AUGUAUCUUGUCUUCUUUCAUUUUGGUACUAUUUUACCCACAAUACCCAUCAUGUGUCGAAUAUGGUGGUUGAUUGAUUAUGGUUUUUAUUGUGGACAGAUUAUUCUCAUGUCCUGGUUAGCCAUCGAGAGACACAUUCUGAUCUUCUAUGAUCAAUGGAUCUCUAAUCGACGUCCUUGGAAUGUAGGAAUCCAUCGGUGGUCUAAACAACGACGAAUGAUCAUUCAGUUAACUUUAGUUUCUGCUCUCGAUGUCUCUCUCAACACUCCGAUUUUCUUCAUUCCACUUCUUCGUCGAUUUGGAUUACCAUCUGACUUUGGUAUUCAACCUGAGCUUUAUUUCUUCUACUUUGGUUAUUUCGUUGUGUUUCUGUUUCCAUUUGCAUCUUUAUGUCAAUAUCCGGAUUUACGCAGAACGCUGAAACGGAAACUGUGCUUAGUAUGUGAACGAUCGCAUCGAAAAGUUCUGGCUUAG